AAUGACAAAAACUCAACAUCUGUAUGCCGGAGAUAUAACUGUGAUAGGUGAAAUAAUGCUACAACUAUCGAAUGACGUACACAACAUGCCCUAUAAUCAAGCACUUAAUUUAACCAAGGCUAUUACCCAAUCUGUUAGUAAUCUUCUUAAACCCGAUAAACUUCUCGUUUGGGAGGAACUUUCGCAAACAACUCGACAUCAAACUGCUCUUAGAAUGAUCACUAGCAUUGAAGAGACUACUAUGAAGAUAUCAGAUAGUAUCUUUUUGCAGAGAAACAAUACUGAUUCUCUAUUAAUAGAAGAGGAAAACUCAAACACGGAAUUCAUCUUUACAUCGUCGAUUGGAAGACAAUCAGCCUUCGGCCGGAGCGAAGAUGGUGAAGAGGAUUCGACUAAUUCUAGGAAUGAAUUUAUUAUCCCUCGAAAGGCUAUUGGAGGUCUUGUGAAUGAUGAAAGCGUUCUGAUCUUUAUCGAAUAUUCGAAUAUGGAAGAUGUUCUUCUCAAUAACAAACGCAUCGUCGAAGAAGAAACAUGGCGAGGGGAAAUGAAUGAAACAUUGACGAUUCGUGGAAAGAAGACGGUAGAAAGUGAAAGCAGAAAAGGAAAAAGAGUGUUUAACAGUAAAGUAAUUGCCGCCAUUUUGUCGACAAACUCAGUAAAACAAUCGGCGUUGGAGAGUGACGUAUUUUUGAUAGUCGAAAGGAAAGAUAAAAGCUUAGUGGGAAAUACUGAAUGUUCAUUUUGGAAUACAACUUCAACGGAUAAGAAUAAGGAAGGAGUUUGGUCGAAUCACGGAUGUUUUAUGAUGAAAGAGGAAAGUAACAAGACGCACGUAAAGUGUAGAUGUAAUCAUUUGACAAACUUUGCGAUUUUAAUGGAUAUACAUGGAGUUGAUAAAUUGAUAUCAGAUGCUGAUAAGCUCAGUCUGAUGAUUAUUACCCGUAUAGGAUGUUCAAUAUCCAUGUUUUUCCUUUUUAUGUCUUUAAUUAUAUUUUUAAAAUUUCGGGAAAGUUUCCGUGAUAAAGUGACAAAUGAAAUAUGUUUUAUGAUAAAUGUGAAUUUGAGUAUAUGCCUUUUGACUUCACAGUUUAUUUUUCUUACUGGAAUAACUGAGACUUCAGAUAAAAUUUUAUGUCAAGUAAUUGGUUUAUUUUUACUAUUCUUUCUUCUGAGUGGUUUUGUGUGGAUGGGAUUAUAUGGUGUAUUAUCAAUAAUUAUGGUUGUUUUAGUAUAUGAUCCCAAGUCGGGAAUAAAGUGGAAAUUCUUAUUGACAGGAUAUGGUGUUCCAUUUGCAAUAUGUUUGGACGCUGUUAGAGGAAAUUUUGCUCAAUUAAGAACUGAAAAUUAUUGUUGGCUUGGAAACAAUCAAUUUAUCUACUACUUUAUAAUUCCAGUUUCAGCUGUAAUAUUGCUUAACAUGAUAUCAUCCAUACUAAUUUGCAUAAAAUAUCAAAGACUUGUAGAAGGAGAUAAACAUUCGAGCGGAUCGGAAAAGUUGGAAAGAAAAAAAUUCUAUUCAAUGAUCCAAUUUAUGUUGAAAAUGCUAUUUACCUUUGGAUUUAUUUGGGUAUUUGGCUUUCUCUACAUAUCAACGAAAUAUAUAUGGUCGGCGUAUAUAUUUACUAUUUUGAAUACACUGCAAGGAUUAAGUGUUUUUGUGUUUCUUUGCCUAAGAAGUUUAAUCAUUCAAAGAGCAUCUUUAAGAUGGUUAAAACAACAACAUUGGCUACCGGAGAAAUAUCAACAGAUCUUUACAGAUUAUCUAACUCAAAGGCUUACAUCAAUAGGAGGGACGAGAAAUACCACCCUUAAAUCUGAAGAUGAAGCUAGACCUUUGGCAAAUUCAGAAAGUAUUAUUACUACGGGAAAAGACGGUCUAAACAAUUCUGAGAACUCAAAUCGUAGCUUUGGAGAUGGAUGUUAUUAUAUAAAUAUUACGGAAAAUCCUGAAAAUCUAGUUUUAAAGUUUGAUAAUGAAAUAAGCAGCGGUACUAAGACGUAAACAAUUACGUCAAGAUAUGAUUUUUGAUUUCUUCAAAUAUUUUUAGUAUUUUAUUAGACUUUUUUAUGUUUUUUUUCUCUCUAAUAGUUUAGAAAAUGAAUAUUUAUAAUAUUUUUAUUUAUUUAAUGUUUUUCGUAUUUUUUUCACUUAAAUACAAAAACUUUU